UUUAGGGCACUAUGGAAAUUGUGACGCUUUCAGAAUUCGAAAUGUGUUUUGUAAAAUUAUUAUCAGAUAGUAAAGACAUAAUUUCCAAACGGUCUUUGUAGAUAAAAUACAUAAAGAACAUUCAGAAAACACAUGGAACCCUCAAGUAAAAGAAAAACCUAGAGUGACAUCAUUUAUUUUUGGCAAAACACUUUGAGCAGCUUAAUUUUUAUUUAAUAAUAAGAAUAACAGAUUAACAUUUUAAAAUCAUACAACAGAAAAUGUAUGUUUACAUUUAAUAAAGAUCAUACAAGACAUACAAUACUCAACAAAAUUAUAUUUGCAUAUCAGUUAAUGUUCUUAUAGUUGCUUAAUCAAUGACUGGUGUUUGACAGAGACAACCUGAAUAAAAUGGAACUUCAGUAUUUGAAAAAUAUUAGAACUGCAUUCAAUCCUGCUCAUAUUCAGAUAGCACUUGAUGGAAAUUAUUUAGCACUUCCUUUGACACGUACAACUGUAGGUGUGUGGAGUUUGCAAGAUUUGUCAUUCAAGCCAUUGGAACUUGAAGGUCAUAGAAAGACUCUGAGAUGCAUGUGUUUUGGACAUGGAUCACAGCCAAAGUAUAUAUGCACAGCUGCAGAUGAUUUUGUUAUUGUUUGGAAUAUACAUCUUGCCAGACAAGCAGUCAGUAAAGGUAAUCAAGUGAAAGGUAAAGUAAUAGGAACAACACUAGGAUGUAUACAGUAUUGUUCAUUCAGUCCAGACGACAGACUAGUGGCUGCUUGUUGUGAGAAUGAUGUUAUCAUUCUUGAAGUCAAGAAUGAAAAAGUACUUGCUACAGUGGAAGGUCACACCGCACGAUUGACAGGUGCAGAAUUUUGUCCACACUAUACAUCAACUCUGGUUACAAUAUCUGAAGACAGAACGUUUAAGGUAUGGGAUAUAAGUGAUUUCAGUUUAGUGUACCAAUCCCAGAUCAUCACAGCCUCACCAUUUAUAAGUCUGUCAAUGCACCUUGAAAAACCUCAGGUGGCUAUUGGAACGGCUGAUGGUCAGGUUCGAGUUUAUGAUUUAACAGAUGGGAAUGGGUUUAGAUGCCUACAUCAGCUUGAUGUGGAGAAAAUUGUUAGAAAACAGAAAGAGAAGAAAUUUAUUGAACCACAGCCUAGUCAAGGACCAGUAAAAAUAAGCAGCAGACCAUCAUGGAAAAGACCUGACCAAUCAGAAGAAGCUGAAAUAGUCAGUGCAGAAGAUGAAAUAGAAACUGGAAGUGCAAUAUUAGGACUACAUUUUACGUAUGGAUCUCAGAACAAAUCGUCAAAUUCGUCAUCGACUCCUUCAUUUCUUCGUCAUGAAAACACAUUACUGAAUGAUUUAUUGGAUGCCUCUCCUAUGUUAUGUAUUGGUACAACUGGUUCCCUGUUACAAAUUAAUGCCAAAACUUUAGAUGUUUAUAGAUACUUUGACCUUCAAGAUACUAUUUUGACUGACAUCCUUGAUAUGGAUACAGUAGUUUUAAAUGCAGCUGGCUCUGUAUAUUUCAGCCAAGGAUCCUCACCAGAUCAGAUUUGGUGCCUUGUGGGAAGUCACUUUCAAAACACAGUAAAUGUUCUCCAAUGGAAGCAUGCAGUCAUUCAUAAUAAUGAAUCUGAUCUGGCAUCUGCUAUGUCUGCUGUGUCUGUAGAACCUCAGUCUAGUACAGAAGAAGGCAAAGAUGACGCCCUUCAGGAAGGGCAUAGUUUUGAAGGGAUUACAGUGUUAUCAAAUACUCCACUACUUCCAAAUUCAGCUCUUAGAUCUGAAAUGGUAAAAAAGGUGAAGGAAGAUCCUAAAGCUAAAAAACAAAAAGGAGCAACACCACAGAAGAAGCCUGGUCAGAUGAUGAAAGAUCAGCCAAUUACAUUUCAUCACAAAGUGAAAUCCUCAGGUUAUACAGAGACACCAAGACAGACCCCCAUGUUCAAACCUCAGACAAAUUUUUCAAAGUCAUCAUCCAGCAACAGUUUGUUGUCACACAGUUCUUCAUCAUCAAGUUUAGGAAAGUCAAUGGACAAAACUUAUCCGAUGAAAUGUGCUCCUCCUACAGAAUGUCACUGUAAAAUAGAUGUUGCAGAAAGACCUACACCCAUCAACAGAAUUAAAUUUUCAGAUGAUGGCCAGUACCUUGCCACAGCCUUAUCAAAUAAAUCAGGUCAUGUGUUCAAACUACCUCUGGGUAAUAAAGGUUUUAGUUGUACAGGACAUAAUAACAAUGUAAAUGGGAUUAGUUGGAGUCACGAUGGUAACUGGCUGUUAACAUCCUCGGAUGAUAAAUCAGCUUUUUUAUGGAGUAAAGGACAAUCAGAUCCAAAUAUGUGUAUAAAAACAGUUCUUCAUAACAUGUCUACAGAUAAAGAUGGACAGAAAAAGGACAAGGACAAUGUCGCCUUCCCAAAAGAAGUAAAUUUUGCCAGAUUUUACUACAUGGACAAGUUUAUAUUACUGACAUCAGGGAAUACUUUAUACAUGUACAAAUAUCACUUAGAACAGACUAAAGAUGAUAUUAAAAGGUACUUGAGUACUAGCAAAUACAAGCAAGUUACGUCAUUCUCCAUUGAAUCUCAACAGAUUACUGCGGCAUCAGCUGUCAAUGGCUUCUAUUCUUAUAUUGUAAUGUGUGCUGGGACAAAUAAGUCUGUUUCUGUGUUUGACAUGAAUGUCGGGAGGAAUGUCAGAAUAAUGGCUGAUGUUCAUACCAGACCAGCUCACGUCAUAUGCCAAAAUGAGGGAUCAACAUUUGUGUCACAUCCUUCCAGUGCUUAUGAUUUGUUUGUGACAGCUGCAGCUGGGGACUGUAUCAAACUAUGGGAUCUCAGAGCAGACAGGUGUGUCAGAAGAUAUGAAGGCCACCAGAACAGAGCCUAUACGUGUGGCUUAGAUCUCAGUCCUUGUGGUAGAUACCUUGCUACAGGAUCUGAGGAUAAAACAGCAUACAUCUUUGAUCUAAGAUCUGGAACUUACUGCAGCAAACUAGGUGGUCACAAUGAUACAGUGUCAGAUGUAGCAUUUCAUCCAUUAUAUCCUCAGCUUGUAACAGCUACACUUGAUGGAAAAUUGAGACUUUACAAAGAUAAAUAACUCACCUAGAUGUGUGUCCAGCAAUACAUUACAUCAAUGAAAAAGAACAUCUAGCCAACCAGAGAUGAAGAAGAACAGUCAUAAUAGAUGAUACUUUAUUUCGAUGACUGCUUGUGAAGAUUGUUUAAUUGAUGGAAUCAUGGUGCUUGUUGUCAUAGAAACAAAUGGUGCACUUGCACAAGUUUUUAUCUUUAUGAAUUUGACACACUUCAUAUGAACUUGGAAAAUGAACAUUAUUGACAAAAGUUGUUAAAGAAUACUUCAUCCACAUAGAUUUCAGUCGAAACGAAUGUGUUCAGUCCUUCAGUUGGGUCAAAUACAGAUGAGAAGUGUCUGUUUUGGCAGCAAGAUUCCAGUCAUAAAAGGCUGAGUUCAACUGAAACCCGAGAAUGAACAAAGUUUGAAGGCUUACAUCAUUUUUUCAGUCCUAUGUAGCCAGAACUGUUUUUGAGUACUUUUUAAUGACAUCAAUUCAAUGAAAAUAAGACUUUUACAUGUUUAUAUGGCAUUAACCACAGGUUAGGGACAACUCUUUUUUAAUUGAGAUUGUGAUUCUACACAUACUCUAGUAAUGUGUUGGUACUCCAAUUUCAGUUGCACUAAGUCAAUCUGUUAGGAGAGAGGGUGGGAGCUAUUUACAUUCCAAGACAUUUGCUUUUAAAUCCGUCCCUAAUAAACUAUUGUGAUCUCAGAGUAAUAAAAGUUCUCAUUAUACAGUUGUUAUUCAUUGAUUUUUUUUAUAAUGUGUUUUCACUGUUUUUUAAAGCACUACCUGUUGAAGAGUGAAAUGUACAAAUAAAAAAUAAAGAUUUGUAACUUG